ACCGGUAAUUACCUUGACUUGCGACACAAAUCUGCUUCCUGAUCUUCAUUUUUGGCGGCGGCGGCUGCGGAAGGAAAUGGGGAAGCAGGGAAGGAAGCAGCGACACCAACACAAGGCUUCUCGUCCGCGCAGAGGAGCCUUCUUCAACCCCCAAGGAGAAGACCAAGACGAUGAACUGUACCCUAUUGACCCGCCUGAAAACGAAGAGGAAAGAGAGCAAGAAUCCGAGAAAGAUGAAGAAGGAGAAGGAGAGGGGCCAAGCGAAGACCCAAAUGACCAAAACCACCCAUCAAGCAUUGACAUUCCUUCCAAGUUUUCACUCUACCAGCAAUCUGUGCAGUCCCCAAAAGGAGACAUAACUUAUCUGCAGAAGUUCUUUUUGAUGUAUGUGGGUGGGAGGCUGCCCCUUCAUCUCCAGGAGGAUUUUUGUGGCACUGCUCUUCUUAGUACAGAAUGGCUUCGCAGUGACUCAAGAAGGACUGCUGUAGGAUUAGAUUUGGACCUUGAGGCACUUAAUUGGUGCUUGGAAAACAAUAUAGUAAAAAUUGGGGCUGAUGGUUAUUCAAGAAUAUCUCUGUUUCAUGGCAAUGUAUUGGAUCCUCAUGAUGCUAGAUUUGUCAAACUUGAAAAUCCAUACCUCAUAGGAAAUGUUUCUCUGAACAAUAAUGAAGAUGAUGGUUCAAAGGCAGUUCCACUUGAUUCAACUCUAGAAGGAAGGCCUAGUGGCCUUACUAAUAGCAAGUUGAUGAAGGACUUUCUAUUACCAGCAAGAGACAUUAUCUGUGCUUUUAACUACAGUUGUUGUUGUCUCCAUAGUCGAAUAGAGCUGGUUUCAUAUUUCAAGCAUGCCCGCAAUGCCUUGUCUAGAAGAGGUGGCAUAUUUGUCAUGGAUUUAUAUGGAGGCACAUCAUCAGAGUGUGAGCUUAGGCUGCAGAGAAAGUUUCCUAAUUUCACGUAUGUUUGGGAGCAAGCUGGCUUCGACAUUGUUCAGCGUAAAACAAGAAUUAGCCUCCAUUUUCACCUCCAAAAGCAGCAGAAAAAACUACGCCAUGCAUUUUCAUAUAGCUGGAGGCUGUGGUCGUUGCCUGAGAUCAAAGACUGCUUAGAGGAGGCAGGGUUUCAGUCCAUCCAUUUCUGGAUGCGGCAGAUGCCAGAUAGCGAUGAAAUCAGAAGCAUGGAGGGGUUCGGUUCUGCCAGAGAUGUUAAGUAUGAAGAGGUUUCGAGUUUCGAGCAACAAGAUUCAUGGAAUGCAUAUAUCGUUGGCGUUUCGUAGUAAUGGAUCUUUGCCAACUUAUGUUUGAUCUUACUGACAUCCUUCAUUAGUUUUCCAUUUACUUUCUUCAUCUUUUGAAUUGCUGCCAAGGGGCUGUAGGGAAUUAUAGACUGUUUCUUUUGAACUGUCAAUAUAUCCACAUGUUGUUACUCUUUUAAAA